CUAUAUUUCACAUUUCAUCACAACUACAACAAGAACUUCUUUAGCGAUUAAACUUUCUUUUACAACAAAUUAAAGAUCUCUCAUCUCCAACAACAACAAAAAAAAAAACAUGUCUUGCUGCGGAGGAAGCUGUGGCUGUGGAUCUGGCUGCAAGUGCGGCAGUGGCUGCGGAGGAUGUGGGAUGUACCCAGACUUGGAGAAAUCCACUACCCUUACCAUCAUUCAGGGUGUUGCUCCCAUGAAGAGCUUUGAGGAAUUUGGAGAGAAAGCAGCAGAAGGAGGAAAUGGCUGCAAAUGUGGAUCAAACUGCACCUGUGACCCUUGCAAUUGUUAAGAUAACUCUCUUGUGAUUCCACAAUAAUGUGUGUGUUUUCUGUAAUAAUAAGGAGAAGAUUACAGCUAGCCAUGGAACUGAUUGUCAGUUCUUAGGUUUGUGUGUUCUGAUCACUUUUCCUUUUUGUUUCUCAAUCUGAUAUAUUUCUGUAACGUGAUUUGGGGUGUAAUGUAACAGAAACGUGUCAUAUAUCAAUUACAUAUAAGUUUGUUAAUUCGUUC